AGCGACGGCGAAAAGCAGGGCUACGACGGCCAUUGCGCCGAGGUCGACUACCGCGAGGCCAACCUGGGUGACGGGGCGGGCGAUGACGACGAGCGCGGCGUGGCUGAAUAUGCACUGGCGGCGAUCGCUAGCGCGGAGAAGGACGUCCAGACCCAGGAGCGGACGCUGGCGCAGGCCCGUGCUGUCGUCGAGGAUAUGAAGCAGAGCCUUGGGUUCUGUCAGAAGAGUAAGGCCCGUGGAAGGGGCAAGAGCAGACUCAUGGAUGACAACUGCUCGUGGCUGUGCUUCAUCCGCGGCGUCUCGCGCAAGCAAUUGACCUGCCCGGGGGAUGAGGGGAAUGACCGGAGUGGGGCGUCCACGGGCAAGGUCCAGCAGGUAGACGCCGUGGCGCUCAGCUGCGGCAUCAGCGGGGGCAUUCCCAACUACGAGAUCGAGCUGGGCGAGGGGGUCGAGGCG